AUGGUAUGGGUUAUAGUGGAAUACUUGUCUAAGUAUAAGUCCAAGGAAGCACUUGUAAGCUUCUCGCUUGAGCCCGAAUAUAAGGCACCAAACCGACUGAGUGUGGUGCUGGGUGUAUUGAGCCUCUCUCAACUUGUUAUGGACAACUGGGUCCUGAGAUCACUACAGUUAGUGCUGGAAGAAAACAGUAUUUCAGCAGUAUCUUGUGUCUAUGUUGUCUACAACAAAAGAAGGGCAUCACAAGGGAGAGAAAUUUUAGGAUGGGUGGAGUUAUUAGGUGUGAAGGGCAAGAUCAGGUCAGAUCUUAAAAGACCCAUACAUGGGUCAAAAGGAGAUGGCUGCUGGAGUGCAGGUGUUAAUGAGGGUCACCGUAUAAAUACGACUGACGAAGCAGAAGAGAUCAGUAAGAUCACAGAUCAAAUCGUCAGUGAGAGCUCACCAGCAGAGAUCAGAGCUCAUCAGAGAAAGAUAAGAGAAGAAGGUACAGACAAAGGAUCAGAGAGGAAAAGGCGCUCGAGAGUUUGGGUCGAAUUCUGGUCAAGUCGCCCAGUUAGAGAGAACGACCGAGGCAUUAAAAGCGACGAAUCAAGGUCAUUCAAGCUGUUGGCUACAGAAAAUGGGAAACCACAGAGCAACGCAAAACCAUCCAAAGAGAAAGUUAGCAAAGAGGACGAUCCAGAAUAUUCCUUCAACUUAGAAGACGGGCAAGAUAGAACCCAACGUCCGCGGGGGAAGGAAGAGGACAUUUCAGGUCUCAUCCCUUGCAACAAUACGUCGCCUCCUUUUCCUUUGUUUCAUUGCGGUCGCCCAGGGGAAUGCGUCCCUUUAGAUCAGCGGUGUAACGGCGUCUCUGACUGCACAGACGGGGCAGAUGAAAGUGUUGGAGAGUGUGGUUGCUUACCCAACGAGUUCCAGUGUGAUGAGACAUGUAUAGACCUCGUUCAUCGUUGCGAUAUGGUUAUGGAUUGUCCAGACGGUGCUGAUGAAAGAAACUGCGAAACCUAUGUGUGCCCUGCUACACAUUUCAAGUGUAACAACCACUUCUGUGUCCCUACGGAAAAUGUCUGCGACUUCCAUGAUCAUUGUGGAGACGGCUCCGAUGAACAUCAGUGUCAUCACCGUGAAUGCUGGAAAUCAGAAUUCGAGUGUGCAAAUGGGCAAUGCAUUCGACCUGGUCGUGUUUGUGACGGACAUCCACACUGCAGAGAUGGGUCUGACGAAACUCGUUGCAGUGACGGAGACUUCGCUAUCUGUGGAUCAGGGGCUCGCGUCCAUCGCUAUUAUUGGUGUGACGGCUGGCCUGACUGCACCGAUAAUCAGGCAGAUGAGCUUCACUGCGGAGAUUGUGAUGCUCAGUCUCAGUUCGAAUGUCCCAACAGCCGCUGCAUUUCGAAAGGAAACGUCUGUGAUUCAUUUUGUGACUGUCAGCCGGAAUGUGCUGAUGAAGCCAAUUGCAGUUUGUCUGUUUAUGGAAGAUUAGAUGGUAUCAGUAGAUGUUCCUUGGGAGGAUCACUCACCUGUAUGGUGGGUAACCAGGACCGAUCGCGUGAUCGCUGCAUAUCACCACAAUUCAUCUGCGAUGGCCACAAUGACUGCCAUAAUGGCCAGUACAUAAGUGAUGAAUAUGGAUGUGUCGCUGAGCACGUUUGCCUACAGUCAGACUCUUCGAGUGAUCCAGAAUGGUUUAGAUGUGACGACGGACGCUGUCUUCCCUCGACUCUCCUGUGCGACUUCAAAUCCGACUGCCUGAAUGGAGAAGAUGAAUUUAACUGUUCAUUCCACAGAUGCAGACCAGGCCAAAUGAGAUGCGGUUCAGGCCCAUGCUUAGCCGAGGAGAAGGUAUGUGACGGCAACGUGGACUGUCCACUCACCUGGGAUGACGAGGAUAAUUGCCCCUUUUCCUGUUCGUCAGCUGCGCCAGAGUGCGAGUGCCGAGACAUCAGCAUCAGCUGCUUCCAGAGAGGACUCACCCGUGUGCCAGGUGACAUUGAGCCUCAAAUAUCUCGCUUUGACCUAAGCAACAACAGCAUGACCUCACUUCCUGUUGGAAUGUUCCUGACCUUAAGCCGUUUACGGAUACUCGAUCUACGCCACAAUUUCAUAUCCACAAUUGCCAAUUCAACGUUUCUUGGGCUUGCCAAUCUACGAACUCUGCACAUGGAUGGAAACCGGAUCAUGGUAUUAGAGCCUUGGGGUUUGUACGGUCUCUCGUCGUUGUCCACUUUAGACCUUAGCCAACAGUUUCUGAAAAAUGUUACCCGGCAUUCCUUUUUGGGACUUCGGACGCUUCUUAGCCUGAAUAUUUCCCAUAAUCAACUACAGUAUCUCCCAGAUGGAACUUUCAGCGGGCUUUCAAGCCUUCUUGCCUUGGAUGUGAGAAGGAAUCAGAUUGCUGUCAUGGGCAGUAGACUUUUUACUGGGAUGACAAGUCUUGAUGAACUAUGGACGGACGAAUUUCGAUUCUGCUGUCUCGCCCGUCACGUAAGGAAGUGUCAACCACAGGCAGACGAAUUCAGCUCCUGCGAGGACCUGAUGACGAACGUUGUCCUCCGAGUUUGUGUCUGGCUGCUCGGUGUUUUGGCCCUCACUGGGAACUUCCUCGUCAUCGUCUGGAGGAUAAUAUAUCACAAUGACAAUAAGGUCCAUUCUUUUCUGAUCACUAACCUGGCCUUAGGGGACCUCUGCAUGGGUCUCUAUCUCCUGAUUAUUGCGGCCGUCGACGUCAACUACAGGGGCGUUUAUUUUUUGUACGACGCCAUUUGGCGGACAUCUACUCUGUGUCAGCUGGCAGGUUUCUUCUCCACGUUCUCGAGCGAACUGUCUGUCUUCACUCUCACAGUCAUCACUCUUGAGCGAUUCGUGGUGAUAAUGUUCCCGUUCCGAGUGUCACGCCUGAGCAUGAGUUGGACGAAGGUGAUAAUGGGCGGAGUGUGGGUGUGUGUGGGUCUGCUGGCCGCCUUGCCCCUCGUUGACAUCCACUACUUCAGGAACUUUUAUGGUCGAUCGGGAGUCUGCCUCGCUCUUCACAUCACGCACGAGAAACCAAACGGAUGGGAAUAUUCAGUCUUCGUGUUUUUAGUGCUGAACUUCGUGUCCUUCUGCGUCAUUGCCCUAUCGUACUGGGGUAUGUACAGGGCGGCACGCUCCUCCAGCGCCGCUGUCAGAAGUGAUCAGCAGCGCCGGGAAUCGAGCAUGGCGCGGAGAAUGACGGUCAUUGUCGUCACAGAUGCUGCUUGCUGGUUACCUAUCAUCCUCUUGGGCAUCGUGUCCCUGGCAGGUGUUAGGAUACCCCCUCAGGUCUUUGCCUGGGUUGCGGUAUUUGUCCUGCCUCUCAAUGCUGCCAUCAACCCGCUUCUCUAUACGCUUUCAACUGCCCCGUUUCUUGGAAAAGCAAGAGAAAGGGUCAUGGAUCUGAGACAUUCCGUCAAGCGAUCUGUCAAUCGCCGAACACUCUCUAACAGUACGGGUAUCACAGCUGCUUGCGAAAUGACCCUAGUCAUGAGACCGGGAGACGUCACCCCCCACACGACCAUCACCCACUCUCCUCUCUCCCACUCCCACUGCCAGUCGCCCUCGUCAUCACCUUCCAGCAACUGCCUUCGCAGCUGCACGCACGCUCAGCGGAACCACAUCAACAUCGGUUCGUCGCCUUAUCUCAACAACAUCCAUCACAACAACCUGAACGAUCACCACGGGGUCAACUACCUCGUCCGGGCUAAAUUCACCAAGAAUAAUCGUCAGUCCUACCAUCGGUCGGAAGGGGCCCUCUUGUUGUCCGACCGUUCGGUGACUGACCCCCGCAGCGAAGACGACAGCCUCGAUAGCUUGGCUACCCAGGGGGAGAUUAUUCCUCUUUGUGACCUGACCUCUGACCCAGGGUCACCCUCCCUCCCUCGCCAACUUUCCCGGAGGAAAACGCACCGACCCCAUCAUCAGUUGUAUGAUUGAUGCUUGAUUAGAUGUUUCCUCGUUUCAUUCGUCCCUGUCAUCACAUGAAAUCAUUUCAUCACCAAAUUUUAUACAAUACGCUUCCAUGCUCGUGUUUUGACAGAUUAGCUAGUCUUUAUUUUCAAAGUUCUUGUGCAGAAAGAUAGGUAGGAGUUUUUGUUUGUUGGUGACACUUUCUUCCUAAAGGAAGAUUUUGAUAUAUCUAAACCGUAAAUGUUCCCGUUAACGCGAUCUUCGAAGAUGUUUUGUCUGAUCAAGUGACCAUCAAUAAUGGAAAUUACAUUUUACCUUUUGUGAGGAUUUUCAUUUGCCCACCAAUCUUCAAUGUGGGCAUUGUUUUACUCCCCUUACUGGUAAAUGUAACUUCAUCAGUGAUUAAAUCGAAUCUAAAAGCUGAGAAUGAUCAUGCAACCACAUUCAACUCAGGCUGUCAGAAUCUCCUUCUUGAAGAUGUUGAACUUUGUGGUGAUGGUACAGAAGAGGCCCUUUACUUCUCAGUACUCUCCAUGCUUUCCUGUGCCAGACUCCGAGUCAAAAAGAAAUUCUUGUACUAAUGUCGGAGCUGUGAUGCAGUGUCAAGAAUCUCUCUUGCCUUCCCAUGCUCCCCUUAUCCUUCCCACUGUUGCAGUUAUUCCCAGGAAAGAUCCUCUCUCAUGAAGGUGUUGAAAAACAGACUAGAAUGUUCUUAUGCCGGGAGGUCUUCUGUUUGGAUACUUUCUGCUGUAUUCUUGCACAAGCGCAUGCGCACCUCAGUUACAUAAACCUUAAACAUCAUACCCGCAUAUUACACAUUACUGAAACGAUGCAUUUUUUCCAGUUUCUUCCUCUCAGAAUGAAUCGGGAAUUUGAAACUCAUUAUCUGGACACACCCACUAUUUUUCUUUUGGUAAAGCGAGACUGUUGAUACUUCUGUUUGAGAGUGACAAGUAAGUAACUGAUCAGCCGAUUACUAUGGUAACCUCUCUCUCUC